GGGCAUGCGGACUCAGCACAGGCUGCUAAUCACAGCAGCUGGCACUGGGAGGCCGAGCAGCCCCUGAGCUCAGUCAGGAGAGCGAUCAGGGGCCAGGUGUUCGGGCACAUCACGGACGACACCUUAUCGCACGAGGAGCAGUGCGCAAAGAUCACCAAUAUCGGCACGCGUCAGCUGAUCGACACCAUGACGGCGUACGCCCAGCAGUACGACAAGCGGUGGCACGUCACGGCGCGGUCUCCCAAGGUGGGGCCCGAGCACGUGCUGGGCGGGGAGCUCAUCCAUGAGUACUACCAGGCCCAGAGCCGGAAGAGCUUCGUCUUCCGCAUGUGCUGUGGGAAGAACAAGUGCGACACGUGCCUCGCUUCCAUUGCGAGCAGGCAGCGGCGCGACCCCGACUGGACCCCCGAGGAUGUGCUGGAAAGCUUGCGCGAGAACGGCUACGACAUGUAUUGGCCCGGGGAAAUCCCAGAGGAGGCCCCCCAGGAGGGCCCCCUUGGUCCGCUCACCGUAGUGGCGGACGAGCGAGAUCCCGGGCCGGCAGAGGAGCAGCGCAGCUACCCGACCUUCUUGGACAUGUGUCUCCGCACGCAGAAAGAGAUUACCAUCCCCAUCAAUUCCAACAAGAAGGAG